UAAAUAUACUACACUUUACUCGUGGCUUCUCUUUCUAGAACGCUAUCAAGAAGAUGAGGAUUUCAGCGAAACAGCUGCAAAUAUCCCUACAAUUUAGCUUGCAAUCAAAGCACACUUCUAAGUUCUUAUCUAGUAGAACACUCAGCAAAAGAGCGUUCUCUACUACUGCAAAAUCGUCAUUCAAGGCGACAUUACCAACCAGUCAGUUUAAGGAUCCAUAUCAAGUACUCGGCGUAUCAAAGGAUGCUCCUACCUCAGAAAUAAAGAAGGCUUUCUAUCAGCUAGCUAGAAAAUACCAUCCAGACACUAAUAAAGAAGCAAACGCUAAGGAAAAGUUCGUAGAAAUCCAAUCCGCUUGGGAGACACUCUCCGAUGAAACAAAGAGAAAGAACUAUGAUCAGUUCGGCCCUGCAUCACAACAACAAGGCUUCGAUCCUAACAUGUAUGGUUCCCGUGGUGGUCCAUUCGGUGGUGCUGGUGGAUUUGGCGGAUUCGGUGACGCAUUCGGCGGUGGCUUCCCAUUCGGCGGUGGAUUCGGUGGUGGUAGCCCAUUUGGUGGCGGUGGUAACGCUUCUGAUCUCUUUGAGCAAUUAUUUGGCUCCGGAGCUGGUCGUGGUACACGUGGUGGCUUUGGUGGAGGCGUUAGUCGCGGAGAUGACAUAGAAUCUACUGUUUCAAUUCCAUUUUUAGAUGCAGCAAAAGGAAAGACAGUACAUCUAGACACACGCCCUCUCAAGAAUUGUAACAGCUGUAAAGGAAAUGGUCUCAAGAGAGGCAAAUCAAGGUCAACUUGUAAAGCCUGCAAUGGUGUUGGUAGUCGUACUUUCGUUAUACAGGGUGGUUUCCAAGUUGCCUCAACUUGCCAAGUCUGUCAAGGUUCCGGAUCAUCAAUUAACAAGGGUGAUGAGUGCGAUAGUUGCGAUGGUGUCGGUAAAGUACGCGGCAAGGGUACGGUAGAAGUUAAAAUACCUGCUGGUGUAGAAGAUGGUAUGAAAGUUAGAGUUACUGGUCAAGGAGACGGCCCAAUUUCAGGUGAUGGACCGCCGGGUGAUUUAUACGUUAGAAUAUCCGUCAAACCAAGCAAAGAUUUCAAGAGACAGGGUAUGCAUUUAUUCCACAGUGCUAAAGUACCAUUACACGUUGCGUUGUUAGGUGGUAGACAUAGAAUACCAACCCUGGAUGGUGAGGUUGAUAUACGUGUACCAGCAGGAACGCAGCCUGGUGAAGAAAUGGUCUUAAGAGGCAAGGGUGUUCCAAGAAUAGGCAGAGGUAUGGAUAAGGGAGAUUUAAUGGUCGGAUUCCAAGUCCAGAUGCCGCGUCACUUGAGUCCACUUCAAAGGGAGAUAUUGGAGGAGUUCAGUGAUGUAACAGAGGGUAAAGCAGUACGGAGGAAGUAUCCAGAGAACGUGAAAGAGGCAGUACCUAAAGAAGAAGUCAAAGAAGACGUGAAGGAAGACGCGAAAGAAGUCAAAAAAGAGGAUGAGGAGAAGACAAAGAAAGAAAAGACAACAAAAGAGGAUACAAAAAGUAAAGAAAAGAAGGAACCUGGUAUCUGGAAUAAAAUAAAAGAUAAUUUUUGUAAAGGUGACGAAACUUCGUCCUAACAAUGAACGUCACUAAAGGGGACUUGUUAAAUGAAUUGAUAAG